CUAAAAUGCAAUACCUUAUUACUUAUAUUUAUAUAUUUGGUGAGAUUACAAAAUUCUAACUAAAUCAUGGAUCACCAGAAUAUUAAAAUGGAGAACAUUUUACAUGAUAAUGGUAAUAGUUGCAACCACCUUGAGGAUGGAGAAAUUUUGGAUGAAGAAUAUGAUACAGAAGUGGGUGAAUUAACUGUACGAAAUACAGAACUUAAAGCAUCUAAAGAAAAUUGUCUUGAAGAAGUUGCAAUACAAAAAAUUGUUGAAGCUGUUAAUGAGGAAGAAAUUUUAUGUGUUGAAAGAGGAACCAAUAAUCCUGACUUGUCCAAUUUCCACGACAGCGAAAAUAAGGUCGACGAAGACCUUGAAGAUGGAGAAAUUUUGGAUGAAGAAUAUGAUACUGAUCUUAGCCAACUGGCUGAAUCAUCUAAACGAAAUAUAGAACUUAAAAAACCUAAAAAAAAUUGUCUAGGAGAAGGUGCAAAACAAAAAAAAUUUGAACAUUCGUGGGACAUGGAUCAGAGACAUCAACAGUCGUCUCAUCGACAAAUAAUACAUGCUCCUUUACAUAAUAAUUUUUCAGGAUUUAACAACAACAGAUCCAGAAAUAGAAUUUCUCUAAAUAAAAGGGUUAUAACAAAGAGAGAUCUUAGCUAUCAAAGAGAUGAUGAUAGAGGACGUAAGAGACUUAAAGUUGAUCAGAACGAUGACUAUAACAAAAAAACAAACGAGGAGGAAAGGUGUACAUUCAUGCAUAGAGAAUUAACUUGUAAAUAUCAUACUGGUAUGAAAUGCCAUUCAGGUAUAGAUUGUCGGUUUAGCCAUAGCAAAUUUAAUGAAGAACAAAAAAGAAAAAUAUUGAAGAACAAUUUAGAAAAGAAACCACUCUUGUCCAUGGAGACCUAUGAUCAACCUUUUUUUGAUGAUGUAAGCGAUGAUGAUGAAUUUCAUGGUCUUGUUAUUGAUGAAGAUAAUUUUCAAAAUGAUGUAAAAGAUCAGUUGUUACCAGAAAAUCAAAAAGAACCUUUAAACAAUAAUGGCAAUAGUUGCAAAAGUAAAGUAGAUGAUGACCUUAAAAAUGGAGAGGUGUUUGAUGAAAAAGAUAAUACUAAUAAGACUAAAUCGUCUGAACAUAAUACAAAAACUAAAGAAUCUAAAGAACAUUGUCUUACAAAAGAAAAAAAAUAUUUUAUGUUACCGUGCGAAGUGUCUGUACGCGACUACUCUGACAUUCCUCUUACGAUGGGAGUUGAUGAUCCACGUCUUAGAAAUAAUAUAUUAGCGGCAAAAGAUCCUAGGCCUAUUCAAAAUGCCACUAUUCAAGGUCCACUUCUGCAAACACCUAACCCACCUCAACCGUCCCCUGUGGAUAUUGAUAUGAGACAAAUGCUCCCACCUACUAUGACGUAUUCACAAACGAUGGCGAUAUUAAAUGAUUCACGUAGGAAACCUCAUGUUCCUAGAGAUCCUAGGUUGCAAAGACGACGUUUCGACGUGGACCAAAGAUUAAAUAAUUUACAAUUAUUUUUAAAUUGAUAGGUACUUAUUUAAUCAUCAACCAAACUUUAUUUUUCUUAAAUUACUUAAAUUAUACUUGAACUAAUUGUUAAAAAAAAAAUUAAUUUGAUGUAUUUAUGUUGUAUAAUGCUUUUAAUUUUGUUAUCUAUUUUUGAAAUAUUUGCUUCAUUAUACCUACACAAUACGAUACUUUGUUA